AUGGCAUUACGUACAUUGAGCGCUGUUGAUUAUAUUCUUCUUAUUAUGCUUCUUCUAUCAUCGGCUGUUAUUGGAGCUGUAUUUGGUUUUUUUAAAUCAAAAAAAAGUUCAGCUAAAGAAUUUCUUCUAGCUGAUGGUGGUAUGGGAGUAACUAUAUCAUGGACAGUAGCUUCAACAAUAACAGCAUUAGUAUUCAUGCCUAAAUUUCGUGAAAUGAAUUGUACAAGUGCUUAUGAAUAUUUAGAAAAACGUUUUGAUCGAUCAGUACGCAUGUGUGCUUCAUUUGCAUUUUCAUUCUUUAUGUUAAUCUAUAUGGCAAUUGUCUUAUAUGCUCCUGCAUUAGCAUUAAGUCAAACUACUGGUUUGAAUAUUUGGCUUUCUGUUGUUUCAAUCGGUGUAAUUUGUACAUUUUAUUCAUCAGUGGGUGGUAUGAAAGCAGUCAUUUGGACGGAUGUUUUACAAGCAAUAGUUAUUGUUGUUGGUCUUCUUGCUGCUAUUAUACAAGGUUUUAUAGCACUUGGUGGCUUUAGGCAAGCAUUUUCAAUAGCAUCCAAAGGUGGUAGAAUUCAAUUCGAUAGUGUCAGCUUUGAUCCUCGUGUUCGACAUACAGUUUGGUGCUUACUUAUUGGCGGUUCAAUGAAUGCUUUAUCGACAUAUGGUUUUAAUCAAACUCAAGUGCAGCGUUAUAUGUGUGUUCGUUCAACACGAGGUGCUAAACAAGCAUUAUUUAUAAAUGCAGUGGGUGCUGCUAUUAUUAUAUGGUUAUCGGCUCUUAUUGGAAUUAUCCUUUAUGCAUAUUAUGCUGAUUGUGAUCCAUAUACAGCUAAACAUGUGUCUGAUAUUGAUCAAAUAUUUCCAUAUUUUGUUAUGGAUGUAUUAAGUGACAAAAAAGGUUUACCAGGAAUAUUUUUAGCUUGUGUUUUUUCUGGUUCAUUAUCAACAAUAUCAUCUGGUUUAAAUAGUCUUGCAGCUGUUAUUAUUGAAGAUAUUUAUAAAGGUUUAAUGAGAAAAACUAUAAGCGAUGAACGACAAGGUUUAGCAUCAAAAAUCUUUUCAAUUAUAUUAGGAGGUGUAGUUAUGUUAUUAACAUAUGUUGUUAGCUUUCUUGGAUCAAUACUUAAUGCUGCAUUAUCAUUAUUUGGUGUCUUAUCUGGUCCAAUAAUGGGCGCUUUCUUUCUUGGUUUCUUUUUUCCACAAGCCAAUAGACAUGGUGGUUUUAUUGGUUUUUUAGCAAGUCUCUUUUUACAAUUGUGGAUUUUUUUGGGAGCACAAAUAACAAAAAAACAAAUGAAAAGUGAACGUUUAUCAUUAUCAGUUGCUAAUUGUUCUAUUCCAGUAAAUAUUACAACGCCACUAACAACAUCAAUUAAACCUAAUCCAUUACUUAAUUUGUAUUCAAUUAGUUAUAUGUGGUAUACACCAAUAGCUGUUGGUACUGUUCUCAUUGUUGGACUUAUUGUAUCUUAUUUAACUCAUCCACUUAAACCAAAUGAAGUCGAUCCAAAAUUACUCAUACCUGUUGGUGAUGUAUGUUGCUGUUUUUUACCUAAACGUAUACGCGAUUGGCUUCGAUAUGGUGUUAAAGAAGAGGCUUAUUUUGAAAAAAAAGCUGAUCAUGAUAUUGAAUUAUCAGCAUCAGACGGAUACAGUACAUUACAUACGAGUUAUAGUGCACAAACACUUAAUACAGAUGCAAAAGAUAUAAUUUCAUCGGAUGUUGUAGCAGAAAACAAAGUGAACAGUUCUCAUGAUAAUCCAGUAAUGACGAUUAAAGACUAA